UAUUUAUUAUAAAUAAUCUACAAAUAAAGCUCAAUAUGUCAAACAUUCACGGUUUAAACGCCGACGAUGACGACAGACCUCCCAGACAUUCUCAUUCGGGUAGUGAUAGUGCAAAUGAAGACGAGGAUAGGCAAGGAUUCUUUGUUGGGGGAAGUGUUCGAAGUGGUCAACAAGUUCUCGGGCCAAACCGUCGCGAUCUGGAUUCUCACCUCUUCAAUGCUAUUCAACGUGCCGGAGCUGAACGUUUAACUCCAGAACAGGUUGAAGCACUUGGACGACAACAACAAAGCGGUUCGAAUUCAUCCAACAGAUUUUCUGGAGGUUUCCGUUUGGGAGGGAAUGGAGUUGAGAGUGGGCCUAUUGGGGGUGGAAAUGUUGCGCCUACUGCUGCUGCUGCUGCAACAAAUGUUGGAAAUAAUUCGAAUAGACCUCCUCAACAAGUGGUUAGAAUGUAUAUUUGGAGUAAUGGUUUUUCGUUGGAUGAUGGGCCUCUUCGUCAAUUUAGUGAUCCUCAAAAUAUGGCUUUUAUUCAAGCUGUUACUUCCAAGAGAAUUCCAACAGAACUUUCAAGUCUUUAUCCUGGGCGUGAAGUUGAUUUGCGUGUUGAACGUAAAUCGACAGAUUAUGUGCCUCCAAAGGCUAAGCCAUUUUCUGGUCAAGGAUAUCGUUUGGGAUCGCUCUUGCCUAGCGAGAAAAAAGAAUAAAAUAAAUUUUUGUUGAAGAAGAUUUGAAAAGGAAAAAAUGGGAAAGAAGAGAAAGGAUUAAAAUAUUAUAUUUAUUGUGGGGGAGAAGAGAGAGGGAUUUAUUAUUAAUUUGACUUUCUUUUUGAUUUGAUUUGUAAAGUAA